AUGGCUCCGCCCCCGCCCGUGCCGACGCGGCCGUCCGUUCGUCGCCGCCAGGCCACGGCUCCGCCCCCGCCCGUGCCGACGCGGCCGGCUCCGGCGCCGCCAGGCCACGGCUCCGGCCCCGCCCGUGCCGACGCGGCUAGCUCCGUUCGUCGCCGCCAGGCCACGGCUCCGCCCCCGCCCGUGCCGACGCGGCCGACUCCGUCGCCGUUCGCCCCGCCGAUGCGCUCCCGGCCAGCUCCGUCGCCGUUCGCCCGGCCCCGUUUGUCGCCGCCGCGGGCGCGGCCCCGUCCUCGCCACGGCCACCUCCACCCCGCCGCGCCACGGCAGCUGCGCGCGUCGACUCGACCCGGCGACCUCCGCCCCCACCCCGCCACGGCCCGACACACGUGGCUUUGCCCGCAGCCGUUCGCCGCCCCGGGCGCGGCCCCGUUCGUCGCCAUCGUGGGCGUGGCCCCGUCCUCGUCGUCGUGGGCGCGGCCCCGUCCGCCGCCGUGGGCGCGCGGCCCCGUCCGCCGCCGUCGGCGCGCGGCCCCGUCCUCGCCGCGGGCGCGGCCCCUUGCCGCGGUUCGACGUCGCCGGGUGGACAGCACGUGCGGCUCCAAGCUCGCAGCGGACGCUGCCCCGUUUGAUGUCGCCGGCGCGGCUCCAAGCUCACCGCGUGCGCGGAGCUUGUUUCGCCUCCAGCGACUUCCGGCAGGUGUGAAAAAAAGGGAGCCGGCGGCGCCUCCAUGA